GCACUCCGAUCUCUGUCGACGAUUACCCUUUGUUCUUCGUCUCCCUUCGAGCUCUUCGUGUUCUUUGUGACAUUGAUUGUUUAUUAUCUGAUUUCCGCGUGUUAUUGAAAUGUAUUGGAGUGUCUAGUGUAUUUCUCGUCUGUAGAAAACCAGCGACAACAGAAACGACGACAGAAACGACGGGAAACACCAGGAUCGUCAUUAGCAUCACAUGUGCCCAACCUCAUCUCUUGAGCGAGACCCUGACCUCAACAAUGGAAUAUAGCUUUACCUGUCCGUUUUGCCCCUCUGUACGGGGAGGCGAGAAUGACAUGUCCGUGCACAUGGAAGAAUUCCAUUCAGAGACGGAAUCUCCUUCGCCGUUACGUCAGUUAAGGGCAGAGGAGAUUCGCUCGCCUGGGCUGAAAUUUGGCGAGUGUCCAGUCGAUGGCUGCGACCGGCGUGCUGCACCGGUUGGACCAAACUCUCAUACCCAGCUUCACACCGGGACACCUAGCGGUGUGCGGAAAAGUGGCGACAGCGAAUCCUCGAGCGUAUAUAGGCCUGCCAGGGACGACAGAACCCAGUCGACACAAACUCAUGACGACCAGCCCAUUUCCGCGAUGUCUCCCGACAGGAGGCGCCAGAAGAAUGGCGUCGGCGCCUGGGGAAAAUUGCUCGCCAUGCCAAGUUCUACAAAGGAUCCCACCCGCCACAGAGAACGUGGCCAUAAAGUACAGAAACGGCUAGGUACCUCUGAGCUAGGAAAACACGCCAAUGAGAAGCGCAUGCCCGGAUGGCUUGAAUCGCUUCUACGGACGGGAAGCGAAAUCAGGGCAGAGAGCAUCAUUCCGGUCCUCCGCCAGCUCCUUGAACAAAACAAAGGCACGAAGUACGCAUACCUAUGUCACCCGAGCGUACAACACAUCUCAAAAAUGAGACUGGAAGGUGGUUUUUGCGGCUACAGGAAUAUCCAGAUGCUUGUCUCGUACAUUAUUGGGGCCAGAGCCGAGGGUCGAAAGCACUUCCGAAAGAAACUGCCCACCAUAUUUGAGAUCCAGGACUUGAUCGAGGAGGCAUGGGACCGUGGCAUCAAUGCCCAGUCCCGGUCCGAGACGGGUGGCAUCAGGGGAACGCGCAAGUAUAUCGGGACUUCUGAAGCUCAGGCCCUCUUCCGCGUAGUCGAUAUCCCGUGCACCGCCCAAGCUUUUGCCGACCCGGACCCCGUCAAGGUACAUCAAAAAUUGAUUGAAUCCGUGGAAAGCUACUUCGCUGGAGGGUGCUCUUCAGAGGAGCUCUCUAAAGUGAGGUGCACGACUCUUCCUCCUAUCUACUUCCAACACGCCGGACACUCACUGACAAUCGUUGGUUUCGAGAAACAAAAGCAUGGCCCUUCUAAUCUCCUUGUAUUUGAUCCUUCGCGGCGCGACUCGCCUUCUAUCUCGCGGCUAGCGGGUCACGAGUUUCGGCAUAAAUCUCCCGACGAACCCCUUAAGGCGUAUCGACGGGGUCCCAGAUAUCUCUGGCGUUACCGAGAGUUCGAGACCCUGAUGCUAGGACAUGACACCGGAUGAAGCGUGCUAGGGUUGGGGCCUCCGGAAACGCGAAUGAUGCCCCGAGCCCCAUGUCUGUCUAAGGUACCUUGGAGUAGGGCUUUCCCCUUUUGUUCUCUUUCAAUUAGGCUAGGCUACUGCUCUGCAAACCAAUCCUGCAGUUUCUUGAGAGCCAGGCCGCGAUGCGAGAUGUUGUUCUUCUCAGCCUUGUCCAUCU